GGAUCAAACUUCAAGAUUCAGACCCCAAGAUGAGUCUUGCAGGGCUAUUACUGAUUCUGCUGGUAAAAAGAUGCCAUUGCCAGUGUCGACAUUGGUUGACUCCCGAGUUCCACUUUGCAAGUAAUCGAAUCCUGCAUGGUCAUGUGUUUCAGACGAAGACUAUAUCUUCUGCUGUGAUCUGUGGGAGGGACUGCUCUAUGGACCCACAGUGUGCAUCAUUCAACUAUGAUGCAGGCAGCCAUCUUUGUGAACUCAAUAAUCAAACAAGACUCCAGAGCCCAUAUGCCUUUGUAGAGAAGCAAGAAAGUUUCUACUUUGACAGUAACUACGAAACGUCUUUCUUUUCGGCGCCCGAUGCUGAGAAGUACACGAGCUGUCAAAUGUUGCGAAAUGCUGGUUAUGACAGUGCUAUUUACACCAUCUAUCCUUAUGGCAUCGCUGAGGGCUUACAGGUCUACUGUGACAUGGAGACUGACGGAGGAGGCUGGAUUGUCUUUCAGCGACGUCAAGAUGGCUCCGUUAACUUUACUCGCAACUGGACUGACUACCAAUCUGGCUUUGGCAAUCUAUCUGGUGAGUUCUGGCUGGGGAAUGAAGCUCUACGCCUCCUGACUGAGACUGGACAAUGGCAACUUCGUGUUGACCUGGAGGACUGGAAGGGCAACACGGCUUGGGCAGAGUACGGUGAGUUUGGUGUCUCGGGAGACAAAUACACACUCCGUGUUGGCUCAUUCAAUCCCACGAGCACAGCAGGUGACGCACUAGCACAUCACAAUGCACGUCAUUUCUCAACUUGGGAUCAGGACAAUGAUUCAGUCGGCUCCUCAAACUGUGCCAAUAAAUAUGGGGGUGGGUGGUGGUUUCGAAAAUGCUUCGUCUAUGGUUGCCAUCUCAAUGGUAUAUAUAUGCACUGCCAAACUCCUUGCAGUCAAAGUGCCAAUGGCUUACAAUGGUUUCCAUGGAAAUUGAAUUAUUCACUGAAGCAGAGUAAAAUUAAAUUGCGGGAAACUACUAUUACAGCGUAAUUCUUGUAAGUGGCAAAGACUGCCAAAGGUGGUGAACAAAACUUACCAUCGAUAAUUAAAAGAUAUUACUUUCAAAUUCAACAAUACAUAAGUUGAAACACGUCUUUAAUUAUCAGUUUAAAACUUGUUACCAUUAGCUUCUAGUAAAACCACAUAUGAAGUAAUUAAAUCCCCAUUUAUAAUACAGUUUACCUACAGAAAAAGCAAACAACACCGGGACAUUUACUCGUGUUGUUUACGUUGUA